AUGGUCUCGGGCCCCGCGACGGUGUUGGAGCCCACCUUUAAGGGAUAUGUCGGCACGACUCAGGAUGCCUUGAUCCUGUUCGAGGCCUGUCUGAGCGGCGUCCUCCACCAUGUCCCCCGCCGCCCACACGAUCGGGAACGCAGUCACCUCGUCCGCAGCGGCUGCAUCUUCAUCUACGAGGAGAACUCCUCCGGGAUCAAGCGCUGGACCGACGGCGUCACCUGGAGUCCCAGUCGCAUCCUCGGCAAUUUCCUCGUCUACCGGGAGCUCGAGAAGCCCUUCCCCCCGGGCGAGAAGAAGCGCGCCAUGAAGAAGCCCAACCGUCGCCCCGUCCCCAGCCGGCCGGGCGAGCCGUACCCACGCCAGGAGAGCAACGGAUCCGCCUAUUCCCCCUCGCCUACCACGGGCUCCUUUGGGGAGCGCUCCCAGCAGUCGGACAUGGAACGCGCCCUCGUCGGUUCGCUGGUGGACUCAUACGGCUUCAAGGAUUCGGGCCUGGUCAAGAAGACGAUGAGCGUGACCGUGGCCGGGGUCACCCACCACCUGGUCUCCUACUACAGCGUCGAGGAUGUCUUGGCCGGCGGAUUGACCUCUCCGGCGUUGGCCGAACACUUGCGGUAUGUCCGGCCCCGGCCGGAGCUGACCCAGAAGCAAAGCUUCCGCGCCCCGAUCGAUGAGUACGAACCCGGCCACCCGGAGAGAGUGACCACCGACCAGCAGCCCCAUUCGCUCUAUGGAGGAUAUCGCCCCCAGCAGAUGAUGCCCUCGGGCUAUUCGAUCCCCCACCCCCAGUCGGACUUUUACCUCCACACGGCGCCCUACGCGGCGACGCAUCCCCCGCAGUCCACCUCGGUGGCCGGAUACUCCAUGGGCGCCACGAUGGCGCCCACCCCGACGGCACCCAACGUCUACCUGCCCACGCCGACCGCCCCCGCGACGAUCCCCCAGAAAGCCGCCGACGAGUUUGCGUCCUUCCGCGCGCAGCAACCGCAGUACGGCACCGGGUUCGACCUGGGCCACAAUCCUCUCUCCGCGUCCCUCUCGUCCUCGAUCAGCACGGGCAUGCCCGGGGGGCUGAGCGAUCGGAACCGGUCGCAGUCCGACCACAGUCCGACCGCCUACCGCAAUUCGUCCAUCUCCUCGCGCAGCGUGGCCACGGAUGCCACCUCCCCGAUGGACCCCUCGACCCCGGCCACCUUCUCCCGGGGCAGCAGUUUCAGCAUGGCGGGACAGUUGGACGGUGCGUCCCACCAACCCCUCGAGCAGCGGGGGAUGGCGGCCGCCUUUGACCCCAGUGUGCCUCGGCGGGAGUCCAACGCCAUCCCGGCUGCGUUCUACCCGGGCAAUGACCGAACCCAGUACUACAUGGGGAGCGCCACGCCGGCUGCUCAUGCGAAUUACCCCGUGACAACGUGGGCGACGCCUGCGCCGCAGCAACCGAUAUAA